CCGCUGGACAGGGAGGCCAGGGCCCAGUACACCAUCACCAUCACCGUCUCUGACCUGGGCACGCCCAGGCUGCAGAGCCAGCACAACGUGACAGUGCACGUGUCCGACGUCAACGACAACGCGCCCACCUUCAGCCAGGCCCUGUACACCCUGUUCGUGCUGGAGAACAACAGCCCCGCGCUGCACAUCGGCAGCGUGAGCGCCAGCGACAGGGACGCGGGCACCAACGCCCAGCUCACCUACUCGCUGCUCACACAAGACCAGGCAACGCAGCAGCCACAGGGACAGGGACAGGAGCAGGUGGACGUGGGCGCGCUGGUGGCCCUGGACGCGGCGAGCGGGCAGCUGUUCGCGCUGCGCGCGCUCGACUACGAGACCCUGCGCGCCUUCGAGUUCGGCGUGCGCGCGUCGGACGGCGGGUCUCCGGCGCUGAGCGGCGAGGCGCGCGUGCGCGUGGUGCUGCGCGACGCCAACGACCACGCGCCGCGCGUGCUGUACCCGCCGCGCAACGGCUCUGCGGCGGGCGCGUGCCCCGAGCUGGUGCCGCGCGGCGCCGAGGCGGGCUACGUGGUGAGCAAGGUGGUGGCGGUGGACGGCGACUCGGGCCGCAACGCGUGGCUGUCGUACGAGCUGCUGCAGGCCACGGAGCCCGGGCUGUUCGGCGUGUGGGCGCACAGCGGCGAGGUGCGCACGGCGCGGCCUGUGAGCGAGCGCGACGCGCCGCAGCAGCGGCUGCUGGUGCAGGUGCGCGACCACGGCGAGCCGCCGCUCUCGGCCAGCGUGGCGCUGCACGUGCUGCUGGUGGACGGCUUCUCGCAGCCCUACCUGCCGCGGCCCGACGCGCCGGCGGGGCCUGGGCAGGCGGAGGCGCUGACGGUGUCGCUGGUGGUGGCGCUGGCGGCGGUGUCUUCUCUGUUCUUGGCGUCUGUGUUGGCGCUGGUGGCCGCGCGGCUGUGUGGGCGCGGCGGGGCCGGGGCUGGGGCUGUGGCGGUGGGGUCAGGGUGUGGGGUGUCUGUGGCCGAGGGCCGCUUCUUCCCUGCCGGGGCUGGGUGUGGUGGUGUGGGUCCUCUGGUGGACGUGGGCGGGGCGGGGACGCUGUCGCAGAGCUACCAGUAUGAGGUGUGUGUGAGUGGAGGGAGUGGGACUGGUGAGUUCAAGUUCAUGAAGCCGAUUAUACCUAACCUCACAGCCAAGGUUACUGGCAAAGAAAUAGAGGAUUCUCCUCUCCACAGUGGGUUUGAGUUCAAAUAUGAAUAA